GGAAAAGCUCGUGCGGGGAGGGAUAUCUUCGUUUUCCGCUUGUCCGCUGUUCGCGAUUUCGUGUCGUGGUGGUACGUUGCUGCUGUUAAAUAAUCGUAAUCACCGUCGAAACAACCGUAAGGUCGGCCACACUUUCUCCCAGAUAACGGGCUCACUCUAGACGGAAGUUGCCACGGAUUAACACUGCAAACAUGGAGGUCGAAAUUGUUGACGCCAAAUCAUCGAAAUCGCUCGGAAAGUGUCGCGUAUCCGCCGACACUACUCUGCAAGCGCUAAAAACCGAGGUGCAAAAGUUGAAACCCGCCCUGACCGUGCACCGCCAGUCGCUACGGUUGGAACCACGCGGCAAAGCACCGAAGGAAAGCGAAACGCUGAAAACGCUCAAUGUAACGUCGGGCGGAAAGAUCUACGUCCGCGAUCUUGGCCCACAAAUCAGCUGGAAAGGUGUGUUUCUGGCAGAAUACGCGGGACCAAUAUUUGUUUAUCUCAUCUUCUACCAGCGACCAUCGCUCAUCUACGCAAAUGCCGACAAUCCGAUGAGCCUUACCGCCAAGAUCGCUGCCGCUUGCUGGGUUGGACACUACGCCAAACGUCUACUAGAGACGCUGUUCGUGCAUCGGUUCUCUCACGCGACUAUGCCGCUGAGGAAUCUGUUCAAAAACUGCUCCUACUAUUGGGCGUUCGCCGGUUACGUGGCCUAUCACGUGAACCAUCCACUGUUUACGGAACCUUCACCGGCGCUGCUGUAUGCUGGGCUGGCAACUUUUGUGGUCAGUGAGUUGGGUAAUUUCUCUAUUCACCUUUUGCUGCGUAACCUGCGACCAGCUGGUUCGAACGUGAGGAAAAUCCCAGUCCCGGAUGCAAAUCCACUCACGCAACUGUUCAAUUUUGUCUCGUGCCCGAACUACACGUACGAGUUCUUCUCGUGGGUCGGUUACACCCUGAUGACGUCCUGCAUUCCGGCCGGUCUGUUCGCUGCCGCUGGCAUGUACCAGAUGACCGUGUGGGCUCUCGGCAAGCACCGUAACUACAAGAAAGAGUUUAAAGACUAUCCGAAAAAUCGCAAAGCUAUCCUGCCGUUUGUGUUGUAAGGCGGACACCGCUUCAGGAC